GAGGCGUGUAUGGAUCUCUACGGAGACAAAGCGAGAAAUGCAAUACUAAAUCUAAGUGAAUCAAUAAGAAAGGAGGAUACGAUGGUAUGUAAAUUAGACGGGCACGUUGAGAUGACAGGAGGGGUUGGGAUGGAUGAGGCUCUGUAGGAGAGAGGGCAACCCGGGCAGCGGCUGAGAGACCCGCCGCGCCCGCCGGUUUCCACUUAUUCCGCCCCGCGUGGGGAAGAAGGCGGGAGGCCUGCGGAAGCAGCUCCGCCCCGAGGGUUGUCCUCUGCUGCGCCGGGUGAGAGGAUCCGCGGGAUGUGUCGCUAAGCCGGACACACGCACGCUCUUCUCCGCCCAGAGGUCCAGGAGCGCGGCUCGGGCUCGGCUGAAUCUCCCACCAAGCGCCUCCUGCUCGCCGCUGCUCUUGGCUCCAGCCUCCCUCUCUUUGCGCGCCGAGCGGCUCCGUUCCCUGCGCCGCGCCCCAGAUGGCUUCCGUAACAGAUGCCAGAUAUGGACACAAGGAUGCUUCCGACCAGAACUUUGAUUAUAUGUUCAAACUCCUGAUCAUUGGCAACAGCAGCGUGGGCAAGACUUCCUUCCUCUUUAGAUAUGCUGAUGACACUUUCACACCAGCCUUUGUCAGUACUGUGGGGAUCGACUUCAAAGUGAAGACUGUUUACAGGAAUGACAAGAGGGUAAAACUGCAGAUUUGGGAUACUGCUGGACAAGAAAGGUACAGGACAAUUACCACUGCCUAUUAUCGAGGAGCAAUGGGAUUUAUCCUUAUGUACGAUAUUACUUGUGAAGAGUCCUUCAAUGCUAUUCAGGACUGGGCUACUCAAAUAAAGACCUACUCCUGGGAUAAUGCCCAAGUCAUUCUGGUUGGAAACAAAUGUGACAUGGAGGAUGAGAGAAUCGUUCCUUUGGAAAAGGGAAAACAUCUGGCUGAUCAGUUGGGGUUCGAUUAUUUUGAAGCUAGCGCCAAGGAGAAUGUCAACGUGAGGCAGGUCUUUGAGCGCCUGGUGGACAUCAUCUGUGAAAAGAUGUCGGAGAGCAUGGAUUCGGAAGCUUCUAGGACAACUACUGCCGGGAAGAAUGUGCGUCUCACAUACAGCCCCCCUCCAUUGCAGCAGAAGUGCUCCUGUUAAUGCCUCAAAAUCUCUAAGAAAGUUGUUGUUGCAGGAUAGGGGGCAGGUACAGUACAUCUUUUAAAAGAGAUGUUUCAGUGCUGGUGGAGCUGGAUAUGUUUGUCUGAUGUUUUGCAAAGCCUCUUUAUAUAUUUUAUACAAAAACAGUGCAAGCGCAGCUAGUGUUCCAGUGAAAAGUUAUGCUACGGUUUAAGUAGUUUAUAUAGUCUGUCACAUAUUUCUGUGUGGUUUUCAAUGUUACCAUUGUUUUGCCACCAGUCAGGUAAUCCUGACUCAAAAACACUUCAUUAGCAUCUGAUAGCUAGAGACCACUGUUAACUAUGGCACAAAAAUUUAAUUAAAAAAAGAAAGGACAGCAGUUUGAACUAUCUCACAAAAAGAUCUUCAGAAGAGAGAGGCAAUAUUGUUCUUUGUGUAACUGGUAUCUUUGCUUAAGAAGAAUUGCACAGGAAAAGCUGUAGCUCAGUGGGAGAGCAUGCAGAAGGUCCUAGACUACAGGUAGGUAGCUGUGUUGGUCUGCUGUAGUCGAAACAAAAUAAACAAAUUCCUUCCAGUAGCACAAGGAAUUUGUUUAUUAUGUUUCAUUUGAACCAGUCAUUUUAAUUGAGGCAAAAACCACCAAGCUCAGUCACUCCAUACCACAGCAGCCACACCAUUCACAUGAGCAUGUGUCAAAAGGAAAGGGUGGUACUUUAGAGGGGCAUAUUGCCAGAAACACUGGGAACAAGUCAUUAGGGGUAUUUUUCCUAUAAAGCAGCAUUUGAAAAGCCUUGGUAUGUGCAUGGAAUUCUGGACAUGGUUUCAAUUAGACUGCAAGUACGACAGUGAUAGACAUCCAAGGCCAUUCAACGAGUUUAUGGCUUAAUUGCUCUACAGAUAAAUAUUCAGAUUGUUUAAUUUUUUUUGUACUUGUGGAAGUACAUUAGUUCCCAAGAAAAAAAAAGACGUAUGUAACUGGGAAAAGGUUGAAAAAAAGAAUUCUGUGGCACUUUAAGGACUAACAAAUUUUGUAUAGCAAUUAGCUUUUGUGAACUAAAUUUCACUUAAUCAGAAUAUAUCAUUUAGGACCAUUCCUAUACUAUUUAAUAUUUUAAUAAUCAUAAACGGCAUGUAUUACAUGUGCACAUAAAAACUACUGAAAAUGACAAAGGCUACUAAAAUUGACACACUCAUAACUUUUCCUGCCAAUAUCCUCUACCUUCACUGAGGUCAGCUAAGCUCAGGAAGCAAUUUGUUGUAAUUGCAGGUUCAGGCAUUUGAAAGUUGCCCUCGACAAUCUUGCAGCUACCUUAAGAUUGCAAUCCCACAUAACUUGAUGGGACAUACUUCUGAGUGGACAUAUAAGAUUGUACUGUUAAUGUUCACACACAAACUCCACUUUGUCAUAGUAGGAAUAUGAACUGUGAUAGUAAGUCAAAAUAUGUUUAGUAGAGAGUUUGAAUUUGUAUUAAUUAUAAUGAGAAAGUUCUAUUUUCUUGCACAUUUGUGAUUUGGUCUUUAGCAGGCACUUUCUGUGUAGUGUUUGAAUGUACAUGUUCCUAAUUAUGAAAUCAUGACAAAAUAAAGCUGUUAUUUAGUCACCCUGA